CGCCCCCAGCCCGUCUCCCGGGGCCGCGGCCUGCCGCUUUAAGGGGCUGCGGCGGGGCCGCGCCUGCGGCCGGUUCCUGGCUCGCGGGAAGUGGGGCCGCUGCGCCGAGCCGGGAGGCGGCGGGAGAGGCCGAUGCCUGCACCCCUAUCUUUCUCCUUACUUUUCUCAAUCCCCCAACCCAGGAAUCCCCUCCUAUUGCUAUCCCUCCUCCCCCCUGAUUCUUCAUUCUUCUCUUCUUCCAUUUAUUUACCCUCCCCCCACAUCUUUUAUUUCCUUGCAGUUCUCAAAAUCGUGGCACUUUUUAUUUCUCUCUAGCAUCCUUUCCCCCUGCUCCCCUUUCCCUGAUCCUUUUAAGACUUUUUAUUUUCUGCCUUCCCAGUUCCCUCUCCUAAAUCAACUUGAGGCUCUAAUUCCUCUCCUUUUCCCAAUACAGUUGGUACUCUUAGCACAUACUCCCACUCACAUAUUUCUCUUAGUAUCUUUUUUUACCUCUUAUCCCAGUUCCCUGUGAGCCCUUUAUAUGUCUCUUUUCUUCCACCAUUGCAAUCUGCCUGUCACUUUUAUUCUCUGUUCUGUACUCCAGCCCCUAGUCCCUUUUGUGCAUCUCUCUCGCCCUCCCACCACCUUCAUUCUCCUCUGCAACAGCUGGAGUUUCUGCAGUAUCAUCUUCUAGAUAGAGGGUGGAAAAGUCUUGCGAAAAUUAAAAGGAAGAACAAAGGAGGAAUGCCUGAUUGUUGCGCAGAUUGCAGCAUACCUGAAUGCCUCCAAGACAGUCAGCCCAAGAUUCCAAAAAAUGGAUGUCCAUAACUUACGAUAUAGUUCUGCUUUGGUAUUGCUGACUCAAACCACAGAAGCCCAAAGAAAGGGGGAAGUGGAAUAAAAUACUCAAUUUUCAAGUGCCAGAGGAAAAUAUCAAACUGUCCAAUGAAAACUACUGUUACUGAGGUUUAGAUUGCUCCUGCAGUGUAUAAAUGAGUGUGUGCAAAAAAGCUGCGCAUCAAAAGCCUACCAAUCCUAGUAUUUGCCAGGUUUCUUUACUGAGAAGAAUUUCAAACUAAAAACCUUAACUCUUGCUUUUAAGAAAAACAAAUAAAAAAACAACAAACAGAAAAACAGGAAAAGAGUCAGCAAGGAUUUCACAAUGUUUCUGUCUUGUUUUGGUCCAGUCACCAGAAUACUAUGGGAAUUGUAUCUGAUGGCAUAGAUAACAUUUUUCCUUUUCAUCAUGGACAUUACAGUGACUUUAGACUUUGUCUCUGCAAUAUCAAAUGAUUAAGACACGUGCUGAAAGCUUUGGUUUUUUUGUUCUUUUUGUUUUGGCUGACUUUGUGACAGUUUAAAAAAAAUAAUCAUGGUUUCAUUCCCUUUUUAAGUCUUUGUGGGGAUGCUCUUGGAAAGGUAUGAAAAAGAAAAUCAGCUUUUUGGUGGGGGACCCGAAAUCUUAUAAGAAUGCCCAGAAGGGGUUUAAUAUUUCAAGCCAGGACCCGUUGGCUAUUGGUGGGUCUUGCCUUACUAUUCAGUUUAAUUUUGUUCAUGUACCUGCUUGAGUGUGCUCCACAAACAGAUGGCAAUGGAUCUCUGCCUGGCAUUGUAGGGGAGAACUUGGGUAAAGAAUAUUACCAAGCUCUUCUACAGGAACAAGAGGAACACUAUCAAACCCGGGCUACUAGUCUGAAGCGUCAGAUUGCUCAGCUAAAACAAGAGCUUCAGGAAAUGAGUGAUAAGCUGAAAUUGCUGCAGGAAAAAAAGAGCCCAAGAGUCAAUGGCAUGGGCUACCAAGGCACCAAAGAACAAGCAUCCAAUGAUCUCCUAGAGUUUCUUCAUUCCCAAAUUGACAAGGCUGAGGUGAGCAUCGGGGCCAAGCUACCUAGUGAAUAUGGUGUAAUUCCUUUUGAAAGCUUUACCUCCAUGAAAGUGUUCCAGUUAGAGAUGGGACUCACUCGACACCCAGAGGAGAAACCUGUUAGAAAGGAUAAGCGAGAUGAGUUGGUGGAAGUUAUUGAGGCAGGCCUAGAGGUAAUCAAUAAUCCAGAUGAAGAAGAUGGACAAGAUGAUGAUGAAGGAAUAGGAGAGAAACCGCUCUAUAAUGAAAAUGAUUUCAUAGAAGGUUAUUAUCGCACAGAGAGAGAUAAAGGAACACAGUAUGAAUUGUUUUAUAAGAAGACUGAUGUUAUGGAAUACAGACAUGUCACACUAUUCCGACCAUUUGGACCCCUCAUGAAAGUGAAGAGUGAAACAGUUGACAUUUCCAGAUCAGUUAUUAACAUCAUUGUCCCUCUUGCUGGAAGAACUGAGGCAUUUGCACAAUUCAUGCAAAACUUUAGGGAUGUGUGUAUUCAUCAGGACAAGCGGAUUCACCUCACAGUGGUAUACUUUGGCCAAGAUGGGCUAUCUGAAGUGAGGAGCAUCCUGGAGUCAGUAGCUCGAGAAACUAAUUUUCACAAUUACACACUGGUCUCUUUGAAUGAGGAAUUUAAUCGUGGGCGAGGACUAGACAUGGGUGCCAGAGCUUGGGAAAAAGGCGAAGUGUUAAUGUUCUUCUGCGAUGUUGAUAUUUAUUUCACAGCUGAGUUCCUUAACAGUUGCCGCUUGAAUGCUGAACCAGGCAAGAAAGUUUUCUAUCCUGUGGUAUUCAGCCUUUAUAAUCCUGCUAUUGUCUAUGCCAACCAAGAUGUACCACCCCCUGUGGAGCAGCAAUUGGUACACAAAAAGGAUUCUGGCUUCUGGCGGGAUUUUGGCUUUGGAAUGACAUGUCAAUAUCGGACAGAUUUCCUGACUGUUGGGGGGUUUGACUUGGAAGUGAAAGGCUGGGGUGGAGAGGAUGUUCAUCUGUACAGAAAGUACUUGCAUGGAGACCUUAUUGUGAUCCGGACCCCAGUCCCAGGCCUGUUUCACCUCUGGCAUGAGAAGCAUUGUGCUGAUGAGCUGACUCCAGAGCAAUAUCGCAUGUGUAUCCAGUCUAAAGCCAUGAAUGAAGCAUCUCACUCGCACCUUGGAAUGCUGGUCUUCAGGGAGGAGAUUGAGACCCAUCUCCGUAAACAGGCCUAUAGGACUAACAGUGAAACAAUAGAUUAAAAGGAUUCUUAAUGCAAGACCGAAGACUUUAAUCUCACAAUGAACCAGCAUCAUUCUACAGCCUUAAUUCAGCUUACAAAUUCAGUGCCUCUCUUUCAUUGAAGAAGAGUUUUUAACUUCUUUGUCUGGUAUUCUGUUACCUACAUAUCUCACCAGUUCAGGCACCUGAGUUAAGAACUUUUGAAAGUAAUUAUUUCAGUGAAAGGUUCUACAGUAUUAACUUUAUGGACAAAUAUAGCAGCAGAAUGUAUGACCUAACACUUUUUCACUUCUGUUGAUAAUUUUUUUCAUAUUUGCAUUAUUGUAAGGUAAGGAUUGCAUUAAGUGGACAAUAUUUUGUCUUGUCUGCCAAGUAUUGUUACACUCUGUCUUGCUCAUUGCACUGUAACUUUAGACAGAUACCAUACUUACACAUUCCAGGAUAAAAACUAAACACACAUGACCAUGAAACUCAUUGGGAAAAUGUACACAUGAGCUUAAUUAGUAGGUUAAUUAGGUUGCUGAUUCCAUGGCAAUUUAAUUAAAUUCACUGUAUUAACAGCUAUCCAUAUAAUUCACAUUAGAGAAGAAUUUAUAGGAAAAAGGGACAUAUGAAAAUCUCUUAAAGGGGAAUUCUAGAAUAGUUAGUAUUGUUUGAUAUCAAUGCAAAAGUAAGCUGGACAUGUACCAUUUGCUUAUCCUAGCUACGGGCCAAAAAAAAAAAUUCCGCUUACGUAUUUCAGGAUGUACAGAGACAUGCAAUUUAAAUAAAAGCGGGUUACUUGUCUUCUGUUGCUUUGUAUGGUAUGAUUAGAUUCACCAUUUUUAAUAUCCUUUGUUUGCAGAUGAAUGUUGAGAUUCACUUAUUUAGUGGGGAGUGUGGGGGAGUUGCAUCUGCAGUCUCCACAAAUUUAGAAAUUAGUUGAAAACCACUCACUAAAUCAACUAAUUUUUGAUCUGUUUUUUAAAAUCUGUUUUAGUUUCAAACACUUAAGGGCAAGUAGAGAUUAAAAUAUGUGACUUCUGGAUGCAAAAUAUGCUGUGUAAAAUAGUGCUGUUCACUGAUCUUUUUUUACAUGUACAUAAAAUUUGCUUUUAUGUAACUUAUUGUGGAGAACAGUGUACUGUAUUGUGUUUUAAAGAGGGGAGAAUGUAAUGCAAGAUGUCUUACAAUUGGCAUUCCUGCUAUGAUGUAUGAAUAAAUUUAAUAUUUCUGCAUUUUA